GUAUUGUAUCUCAGUCCACCUUGGGCCCCCGUCCUCUGCUCGUCUUCUUCCCUCGUCUUUUAGGGUUUCCCAUUUCCGACCAUCUCGAAGGAAAAGAAGAAGAGAUCGAGGCGAGAUUUGGGCGUCUCUCUCCUUGCCUCUUGCUUAAUGCCCUCGCCGGGGAGGUGCGUCGGCUGCUGGCCGACGGGAUCAUCCGCCACUUCGAAACGGAUGGUGUGCGCUUACGGUCCUUCUAUGUGCAAAAAUAUUGAUGAUGUCAUGAUAAUAGAAAGGAGAUGCAGAGGCCUUUUUGCAGUGGACACCAGUGGCUCUUUCCACUGCCUAUACAAGAUACAGUCAGAUGCCAUGUACAAGUUUAUCAAGGAGAAAUAGAAUAACCUAUGGAGGAAAUGGAAGAUGUUAUGUCUCAACAGCGAGAUGAUAUCUGAAAUAAAUAAAUUCGGUACCUCUAUUAACUUUGGUACAAGUCAUUCCAAAAGGCAGAGAAUCCAGCAACAAAUGUGUCACAGUGGGAGUCUCAAGUAAUUUGCUCUUGUUAUUCAUAAUGACAAUAUUCAUAAAGACUAAAACUACUUAUCAGGGCUUCUUUAGGUACAAUUCUCAUGUAAAUCAGAGUAUGAAAAUGUUGAUUUACACGUACAGGAAUUUUUUUUGUAUCAGUUAUAAUUUUUGUGGUGCACUCAACAAUGGUGGUGCUGAUUUUGAACCCUCACAUAAAGAAAGAAAGCUUGUCUGGGUUGACACUAACACCAUCAAUGUAUUAGGAUUGCAAGAUCUCCUUCAUCUAUGUGCAAGGAAAAAAUUAAUUGUGUUAGGGAGGAGCUGCCAUGGUUUAGCUAUUCAGGCUGGUCUGCUUACUGAUAUCCUCACGUGUAACAUCCUGAUUAACCUGUAUUCCAAAUGUGGCCAUAUCGAAUUCGCUCGCCGUGUGUUCGAUAGGAUGCCUGUCCGAAGUAUAGUUUCGUGGAAUACCAUGAUUGCCGGACAUACCCAUUAUGGAGAGGACAGAGAGGCACUGAAGCUUUUCUUGCAGAUGCAUCGAGAAGGGACGACGCUGAGUGAAUUUACUCUAUCAAGUGUCCUCUGUGCAUGUGCUUCCAGAUCUGCUGUUAUUGAGAGCAAACAGUUACAUGCUUUGGCACUUAAGACUGCAGUGGAUUCCAAUGUGUUUGUUGGAACUGCAGUUCUUGAUGUCUAUGCAAAAUGCAAUAUGAUCGAUGAUGCAUGCCUGGUUUUCGAUGAAAUGCCAGAAAAGUCAUCGGUCACAUGGAGUUCAAUGGUUGCAGGUUAUGUGCAAAAUGAUCUUCAUGAGGAGGCCUUGAGAUUGUUCCAUAAAGCACAGCAGAUCGGAUUGGAGUUGACACAGUAUACACUAUCUGCUAUUCUUAGUGCCUGUGCAAGCCUAGCAGCAACAAUUGAAGGGACACAGUUACAUGCAAUUUCAAUACGAAGUGGUCUAAAUACUGAUGUCUUUGUGGCCACUGCUCUUAUUGAUGUCUACUCCCGGUGUGGAUGUGUAGAGGAGGCUUACUUAGUUUUUGCACAUAUGGAAGACAAAAACAUUGUGUUGUGGAAUGCCAUGAUCGCUGGGUUUUCCAGGCAUGCUCGUUUCCAUGAAGCCAUGAUACUUUUUGAGAAGAUGCAGCAGCUGGGAAUGCAUCCAAACGAGGUUACCUACAUCUCAGUGCUAUCUGCAUGUGGUCAUGCUGGUUUAGUUGAAAAGGGCCAUCAUUAUUUUGAUCUAUUGAUGAGGGAUAACUAUGUGCAACACAAUGUCCUUCACUAUUCUUGCAUGGUUGACGUUCUUGGCCGGGCUGGACACAUUGAUGAAGCUUGGGAAUUAAUUCAGAAAAUGCCAUUUAAGGCGACUGCUUCAGUGUGGGGAUCUCUGCUCAGUUCCUGCAGGAUCCAUGGCAAUCUCAAAUUGGCUAAAACUGCGGCUAAGCAUCUUUUUGAGCUCGAACCCAAUAAUGCAGGAAAUCAUGUUUUGCUUUCAAAUAUAUAUGCUGCAAACAAAAAAUGGGGAGAUGUUUCAAUGGCAAGGAAGCUUUUGAAAGAUACUGGUGCAAAAAAGGAUAUUGGAAAGAGUUGGAUAGAAGUGAAGGGCAAGGUUCACAUUUUUGUUGUUGGAGAGAGUAACCAUGCCAGAACCACCGAGAUCUAUGCUAAAUUGGAGGAUAUUGGGAAUGAGGUGAAGAAGUUGUCUCACAAAGCUGAGACUCAAUGUGACCUUCAUGAUGUAGGGGAAGAACAGAAGGAGGAGCUGUUGAAGCACCACAGUGAGAAGUUGGCACUUGCUUUUGGUCUCAUUAGCUUGCCUCCUGGGAUGCCAAUCAGGAUAAACAAGAAUCUUAGAAUCUGUGGAGACUGCCAUUCUUUUAUAAAGUUAGCAUCAAGGAUUACUGGUAGGGAAAUUAUUGUCAGAGAUACUAAUCGGUUUCAUCAUUUCAAGGAUGCGAUUUGUUCCUGCAGGGACUUCUGGUAAUAUUGAACCUCUUUUUUUUUGGUGUUGGGGGGGGGCGGGCUAUCAUCUGGAUUCUGAUGUCACUUUUUUGUCAUAUCCUCCUCCAUGUACAUGAGCCACCUCAUUCAUUUCUCCUGAGAUAUGGGCCGGCAACUUCACUGAUGGUUUUAUCUUAUGCAUCAGUAAGAGACCGAACAGAUUCACCAUUUUAUAAAUUCCCAUGGGAUAUCUGGUGUGAAGAAUGAUCGUUUUCUUUUUGAUAAUAUUACUCAUCUCUGGCUAAUAUGUCACUGGACCAUGCUGAAAU